CCCCGGCCGUGUGUGCGGAAGCUGCCGACGCCCGGGAUUGUGGGAGCGGGGGGAACGCGGUGCGGGGAGGGGACGCGGCCGGGGCCGGAGGGUUCCGGUGUGGGGCGCAGACGUGUCGGCCGGGGCCGCGGAGCGACAGGCGCUGCCCCUGCCCGCUCGGAACAGCGCCCGGCCCGGGGCCGGCCCGGCGGCGCCAUGGCCGGGACCAGCAGCCCCGAAGCCGUGAAGAAGCUGCUGGAAAACAUGCAGGGGGACCUGCGGGGCCUGAGCCUGGAGUGCCGGAAAAAAUUCCCCCCCGUCAAGGAGGCUGCUGAAUCAGGAAUAAUAAAAGUGAAAACAAUAGCUGCACGAAACACAGAUAUUUUGGCAGCAUUGAAAGAGAACAGUUCAGAGGUGGUUCAGCCUUUUCUGAUGGGUUGUGGAACAAAAGAACCAAAGAUCACUCAGCUGUGUCUAGCAGCCAUACAGAGGCUCAUGUCUCAUGAAGUUGUUUCAGAGGCUGCAGCCGGAAACAUUAUCAAUAUGCUUUGGCAAUUGAUGGAGAACAGUCUUGAAGAACUUAAAUUGCUCCAGACAGUUCUUGUACUUUUAACAACCAAUACAGUUGUGCAUGAUGAAGCACUAUCCAAGGCUAUUGUACUUUGCUUUCGGUUGCACUUCACAAAAGAUAAUAUCACAAAUAACACUGCAGCAGCUACAGUGCGGCAGGUGGUAACUGUCGUGUUUGAGAGAGUGGUUGCUGAAGAUGAACGAUGCAAAGAUGCUAUUGACCAGCCAGCUGCAGUUCAAGGGAAUAGUAAUAGAAGAUCUGUCAGUACACUGAAGCCAUGUGCUAAGGAUGCAUAUAUGCUUUUUCAGGAUCUUUGUCAGUUAGUUAAUGCUGAUGCUCCCUACUGGCUCGUGGGUAUGACAGAAAUGACGCGGACAUUUGGCCUUGAACUUCUUGAGUCAGUCCUCAAUGACUUUCCCCAAGUGUUUUUACAACAUCAGGAAUUCAGUUUUCUUCUUAAAGAAAGGGUAUGCCCUCUUGUUAUAAAGCUCUUCUCCCCAAAUAUCAAAUUCAGGCAAGGUUCCACCACCUCAUCUUCCCCAGCACCAGUGGAAAAACCAUACUUUCCCAUCUGUAUGCGUUUGCUGCGAGUAGUUUCUGUUUUGAUUAAACAGUUUUACAGCUUGCUGGUAACAGAAUGUGAAAUCUUUCUGUCAUUGCUGGUUAAGUUUCUGGAUGCAGACAAACCACAGUGGCUACGAGCAGUUGCAGUAGAAUCUAUUCACAGGCUCUGUGUGCAGCCUCAGCUAUUAAGGUCUUUUUGUCAGUCAUAUGAUAUGAAGCAACAUUCCACUAAAGUUUUCCGUGAUAUUGUGAAUGCACUGGGGUCCUUUAUCCAGUCUUUAUUUCUUGUACCAAGCACGGGGAACACAUCAGCAACACCAAACCAAGCUGGAAGCAAUGCAUCAGGGAAUACUGGCUCAGCACAAACGAACCCAGGAGUGCUUGGAAUGGGUGGAGGUGCAACUGUAUUACCUGCCUUUGAGUACAGAGGCACUUGGAUCCCCAUCCUGAAUGUAACAGUACAAGGCAGUGCUAAAGCUACAUAUUUGGAGAUGCUGGACAAAGUUGAGCCACCUACAAUUCCUGAGGGCUAUGCAAUGUCAGUGGCAUUUCACUGUUUGCUGGAUCUUGUCCGUGGUAUCACUACCAUGAUCGAAGGAGAGUUGGGAGAGGCAGAAACUGUCAUUCAAACCACAGCAGAGGCAACUUCAUUACCAGCACAGUCUUCAGAGCAAGAUUUGCAGUCUGUUUCUGACCAAUCAGAGAAAGAACUAGUUAGCAGAGCUGUCUGGGAAGAAAUGGUGAACGCUUGUUGGUGUGGUCUUCUGGCUGCUCUAUCCCUUCUACUUGAUGCAAGCACUGAUGAAGCUGCUACUGAAAAUAUUCUAAAAGCAGAAUUGACCAUGGCUGCACUUUGUGGAAGACUGGGUCUUGUAACAUCAAGAGAUGCCUUUAUCACUGCCAUUUGCAAAGGAUCCUUGCCUCCUCACUAUGCCCUUACUGUAUUAAACAGCACAACUGCAGCUCUGUCCAGCAAAUCAUAUUCCAUUCAGGGACAGAAUGUUCAAAUGAUUAGUCCCUCAAGUGAGUCUCACCAGCAAGUUGUUGCAGUAGGGCAACCCUUAGCUCUUCAGCCACAGGGAACAGUUAUGCUGACAUCAAAAAAUAUCCAGUGUAUGAGGACAUUACUCAACCUAGCUCACUUCCAUGGAGCUGUUCUGGGUACAUCGUGGCAACUUGUCCUGGCUACCCUUCAGCAUCUUGUGUGGAUUCUGGGACUGAAGCCUAGUGUUGGGGGUGCAUUAAAACCUGGAAGAGCUGUGGAAGGGCCAAGCACAGUUCUUACUACAGCGGUUAUGACUGAUCUGCCAUCUAUAUCCAGCAUGAUUUCAAAGCUUUUUGAAAACUCACAGUACCUUGACGAUGUGUCUUUACAUCACCUAAUAAAUGCCCUUUGCUCCUUGUCUCUGGAAGCCAUGGAUAUGGCCUAUGGAAACAAUAAGGAACCGUCACUUUUUGCUGUUGCUAAAUUACUGGAAACGGGACUAGUUAACAUGCGCAGGAUCGAGAUUCUUUGGAGACCUCUGACCGGUCAUCUUCUGGAGAAGGUCUGUCAGCAUCCCAACUCCAGAAUGAGAGAAUGGGGAGCAGAAGCUUUAACUUCUCUCAUUAAAGCAGGACUGACAUUCAGACAUGAUCCUCCAUUAUCUCAAAACCAGAGACUGCAGUUGCUUUUAUUGAAUCCACUAAAGGAGCUGUCAAACAUUAGUCAUCCUGAUAUCAGGAUCAAGCAGUUGGAGUGUGUGCUACAGAUUUUACAGAGUCAAGGUGACAGCUUAGGACCUGGUUGGCCAUUGGUGCUUGGAGUCAUGGGGGCAAUCCAAAGUGAUCAGGGAGAGUCCUUAAUACGGACUGCAUUCCAGUGUCUUCAGCUAGUUGUGACCGACUUCCUUCCUACAAUGCCAUGUACUUGUCUGCAGAUAGUUGUUGAAGUUGCAGGAAGCUUUGGACUUCACAAUCAAGAGCUAAAUAUUAGCUUAACUUCAAUUGGUUUGCUGUGGAAUAUUUCAGAUUAUUUUUUCCAAAGAGGUGAAAUAAUUGAAAAGGAGCUAAACAAAGAAGAAGCAGUGUUGCAGAAACAGGCAGAAGAAAAGGGAGUAUUGCUGAACAGACCUUUUCAUCCUGCAUCACCAUUUGACUGUCUUUGGUUAUGCCUGUAUGCCAAACUUGGAGAACUGUGUGUGGAUCCCAGACCUGCAGUUAGAAAGAGUGCUGGGCAGACAUUGUUUUCUACUAUUGGUGCUCAUGGAACUUUACUGCAACAUUCAACGUGGCACACAGUAAUAUGGAAGGUUUUAUUUCACCUGUUGGAUAGGGUUCGAGAAUCUUCUACAACAGCUGACAAAGAGAAGAUUGAAUCAGGAGGAGGCAACAUUCUCAUUCAUCAUUCAAGGGAUACAGCUGAGAAACAGUGGGCUGAGACAUGGGUAUUAACACUGGCUGGAGUUGCAAGAAUAUUUAACACUAGGAGAUACUUACUGCAGCCUCUAGGAGACUUUUCCCAAGCCUGGGAUGUUCUUCUUGAUCACAUCCAGUCAGCAGCACUUAGCAAAAAUAAUGAAGUUUCCUUGGCUGCUCUGAAAAGCUUCCAGGAAAUCCUACAAAUUGUUUCCCCUGUUCGAGACUCUGAGAAGCCUGAGACACCACCUGCCAUCAAUGUUUCUGUGCCUUUGGUGGUAGGGACAACUACUGCCACUAGUCUUGGCAGAUCAUUCAUGAGAACUGACUCCAUAGGAGAAAGAAUAGGAAGAUAUAAUGGAUCUGAACCUCCUGUAAUAACAGAUGAGAUUGAAGAUUUGAAUCUUUGGUGGGCAGCCUGGAACAGCUGGUAUAGGAUUGGAUCAGAAAGUACAAGGCCUCCAAUUACUUGUGAUAAAUUGACUUUCAUUCCCAGCCAGCCUUUUCUCACAGCUUUAAUUCAAAUAUUCCCAGCUCUUUACCAACACAUCAAAACUGGUUUCAGCAUGGAUGAUCUCCAAAAGCUGGGUGUCAUUUUGCAUGGUGCUGUUUCAGUUCCAAUCAGUUCAGAUGCUUCCCCUUUCAUCCUUCCAUCUUACACUGAAGCAGUUCUGACAAGUUUACAGGAAGCAGUGCUUACAGCUUUAGAUGUUUUACAAAAGGCUAUAUGUGUGGGCUCAGAAGGUAUGCAGAUAAUGUAUCCUGCAAUCUUUGACCAACUACUGGCCUUUGUAGAAUUUUCCUGCAAGCCUCCACAGUAUGGACAGCUGGAAACAAAGCACAUUGCAAAUGCAAAGUAUAAUCAGAUACAACUAUUUGCACCGGCGGAAUGGGUGGCAUUGAAUUACGUACCAUUUGCAGAGAGAUCAUUGGAAGUUGUGGUGGACUUAUACCAAAAGACAGCUUGCCACAAAGCUGUGGUAACAGAGAAGGUUCUUCAGAACAUUAUUAAGACACUUAGAAUACCUCUUAGUCUGAAGUACUCGUGUCCUUCUGAAAGCACAUGGAAGCUAGCUGUGUCCUCUCUUCUCAAAGUUCUCUCCAUUGGACUACCUGUUGCAAGGCAGCAUGCAUCUUCUGGAAAAUUUGACAGUAUGUGGCCAGAGCUAGCAAAUACUUUUGAAGACUUUUUGUUCACAAAAAGUAUGUUUAUUUUUAGUACACCUCCUGAUAAUCUCUCAAUUCAAGAAUUUCAGAAGAAUGAGAGUAUUGAUGUUGAGGUGGUGCAGCUAAUCAGCACAGAGAUACUGCCAUAUGCUAAUUUUAUUCCUAAGGAAUUUGUUGGUCAGAUAAUGACUAUGCUCAAUAAAGGCUCAAUACAUUCUCAGUCAUCCUCCUUUACAGAAGCCGAAAUAGACAUUCGAAUGAGAGAAGAGUUUUCUAAGGUGUGUUUUGAAACACUGCUCCAGUUUUCAUUCAGUAAUAAAGUCACAACUCCUCAAGAAGGCUACAUCUCUAGAAUGGCACUUUCUGUGCUCUUGAAAAGGUCACAGGAUGUAUUGCAUCGCUACAUAGAAGAUGAGCGAUUGAGUGGCAAAUGUCCUCUUCCACGGCAGCAAGUAACAGAAAUCAUAUUUGUUUUAAAAGCUGUCAGUACUCUCAUAGAUUCACUUAAAAAGACUCAACCUGAAAAUGUGGAUUCUAGCACAUGGGCACAAGUUAUUGCCUUGUACCCGACUUUAGUAGAAUGUAUCACCUGCUCAUCCUCAGAAGUGUGCUCUGCUUUGAAGGAGGCACUGGUUCCCUUUAAGGACUUCAUGCAUCCACCAGCAGCCAAGGUACAGAAUGGAGAGUCUUGACCCCAUAAAACUUCUUUUUUAUUCUUGAAGGGAAUAUCCAAAAAUGUUUGCUCCUGGGUGAAGUUUCUCUGAGGAAAUCUCUUGUGACUAGUACUUUGGCAACCAGUGCUGACUGCCUCUUAACUGUACUAACAAGAGCUCAGUAAGUUAUGAAUACAGGCUUUAUCUCAAAGGUUCCAGAGUGGGUAGCAGUGCAAACCUUUAAUAAAUUUAAUUGACUAGUUGGAAUCAUUUAUAAUCUAAUGUACUUGCUACAGUAUCUUGAAGUGGUGAUUGAAAAGUGGGCUUAUGUACAGCUUGUUGUGUAUGUGUUAAUGAUGUAAUUAAAAAUAUUUCAAUUCAGUCAGAUUUAUUAGGCUGGUGUUUUGCACCCUUUUUUGAAGUACGAAUUGUACUAAAAUUUUAUGCAAGAUGGUACUGUAACAUUCCAUAUAUCUGUAACCAGCCUUUGUAAACAAAGGGAACUGAUAUACUUGUGUGUAUAAUAAAUGGUACAGUUAUGUAUAAAAUAGUUGCAUUUAUUAUUUAAAUUCUUUUAAAAAUAUUGAUAAUGUCAAAUGCUUGAAAAUGUAUUUAUUAUGAAUAAGUUGUAUGCUUGCAUUUUUACUUACAGUUUGCCUUCUAAAUUGCCAGAUAUGCUCAUUCAUAUCUGAUCAUGUUAGUUUUUUGCUUAACUGAAUGUAUCUUCUUUGUGGCCAUUGGACAUCUGCAAAGGGUCAUAUAACAAAAGAUUGAAGCAAGCAGUCACAGUCUGCUUAUCUCAAAUUUCAGAGUAGUUGACCUGAAAUAAGUUUGAAUAUGCACAAAUCCACUGUAGCACUUCAACACUACCAUACCUCACUUCAUAAUAAAUUUGUUUCAAGAUUUUUGUUCUACUUAACUCUAUCCAUUUUUGCAGUUGCAGCCUUGCUUUAAAAAUAAAACAAACCUAUUUGAGGGUUGUUAGCCUUUUUUGACCUUCUUGGCAAGUAUCAGAGUCUUUGAAUCAUGACCCAGGAAAGGCAAGUUCAAAUAUCUAAAAUACUUGGCUGUGAUAUUUUGUUCAAUAAUUUUAAGUGGGUUUUUUUUAUGUCUUUUCAACCCAAACAAAUUGUUCUAAUCUUUUAAUUAUAAACUGUGUCUGAUAAAAACCAUGAGAAGUGUAUUUUUGAAGAUAGAUACUCAGUUAGAAAUGCAGUAAAAUUUGUCAUUAAAUAAAUGUGAAUUUGUUUCAUUUUAACAUACUACACAAUUGAAGCAAACCACUUUUAAUGGUAUUGUUUUUAAAGUUUGUGAUCUAGCAUUUAAUCUCUUAUUUAAUGAAUUUUGAUUUCAAUAAUGUUUCACCUGUAUUCACAUUUUUAAUCUGUGAUGUGAAAGCACAAAGGCCAAAUGUAAAAAAAAAAAAAAAAAAAAAGACAGGUGCCUUUCUAUGGAUUUCAGAGCUUACCUUUAGGGUUUUGUUUCUUUAAGUCUUUUGUAGAUAUUAAAAAAUUGUCAUGCAUAA